AUGAAACCAGCACCGAGUGCUUCUGGAGCAAAACCAAAGAAAGCAUAUUAUUUAUUAGAAGCUAUGCAGUUUACAGUUCCAUAUAUUAAGGCGUUAGGUGUACCUUCUGUAAAUCUUCCUAAUCCCCCAGAACAGAAGGAAAGUUUUGAACAAUCUGAAGAAAUUGACUUUAACAACUCCGAACUUGACCCACAGCAAUCUUCACCAUUUCAACCACAUCUUUUGUCAACUCCACCAAUGCCUUAUACAUCAUUAUACACACCUUCAACUACUGACAUGCCCCAAAAGAAGAAUAACAUUACUCCGAGUCAAUCUGAGUCUUCGCCAUCAUAA